AUGAGGACAGCUCCUCAAGAGACGUACCUGCUUGGAACCCACAUCAAACAGUGCAACUUGCAGGUCUGGAUGGACAGCAGCAUCCAGACUUCUCUGAGGCUGGACAUCCCUCCAGCCAAGGCAAACCUGCUCAGCUUCUCGUCCCGCAGGGUCCCCGCAGAGACAGCAUGGGAGCUGGGAGAAAAGCAGUUUCCUCUCUCCAUGCUCAUUCUGCUCAUUAUCUCCAGCCCUGAGAUUUGCCCAUAGGCUUCACUGGGCUGGCCCAAGGACUGCAGCGAGAUGCCCCCUGGCAGCCGCAGCGGCGUCUACAUCAUUCAGCCGAAAGGUCUCCACCACCUUGUGGUGUACUGCGAAAUGAACGUGACAAAUGGGGGUUGGACAGUCAUCCAGAGGAACCAGAAAGACACACAGGUCACCUGGGCUGAGUCCUGGAGCACCUACAAGUACGGCUUUGGGAAUGUGCGCAGUGAGUACUGGCUGGGCACUGAGUACAUCUAUCAGAUUGCCAAGCAGAAGGUCUACCAGGUCAGGUUUAUUAUCCAGGACUCCUCAGACAACACCAAUGUUGCAGACUACAACCUCUUCAGUCUGGAAGAUGAGUCCCAUGGCUACCGGCUGAGGCUGGGCUCCUACACAGGGACAGCAGGGGAUGCCAUGACCUCAGACAAUCCCAACACCAUGCAUGACAACAUGAAGUUCUCCACAAAGGAUCGGGAUCAGGACACAUACAGCAAGAACUGUGCCUACAGCUAUGAGGGUGGGUGGUGGUACUCGGCAUGUUACUCUGUGCGGCUGAAUUUCAAGGGUGGCAUGACAUGGGGCAGCCUGUGCAAAGGGAACUGCAAAUCCUCCCUUAUCCUCAUCAAACCAGCUACAUAUUGUUAG